UGACAGUAUAAGUCACCUCACAACAUCACAUUUCAUCAGACUUGAAGCUCCUGCUGGAAGUCAGAAGACUCUCACACAACUCUGCUGAUCUACACAACUUCACCAGGUUGGAGAAAUGGCCACAGAAGAAAUGAACGUUGCUGCUCUGGGACGACCUUUCACCCUAGGGAUGCUCUAUGAUUCUCGGAGUGACAAACUGGUGCCAGGUCUCAGAUUGUGGAAUGAGGAAACUUUAAAAGUAAAAACAACUGAAACCUCUCAGCACAGCAGUUAUUUGGGAAUUUCUGCAUCUGACUCCAUUGAAUCCAAGUCGAACAUGAUGGAUAUUGAAGCUUCUCUGAAGGCCAGUUUCAUGGGUGGACUGAUAAAAGUUGGAGGAUCGGCCAAAUAUCUGAAUGAUCAGAAGAAAUUCAAGAAUCAGAGCAGAGUGACCUUUCAGUACAAAGCUACCACCAAGUUCAAGGAGUUGUCAAUUGAUCAAGUGACCCUGGACACCAAACAGAUGGAGGUUAUUAAGGAGGGCUUGGCCACACAUGUAGUCACAGGCAUCCUGUAUGGGGCAAAUGCUUUCUUUGUGUUUGACAGUGAGAAGUUAGACGCCAGCCAGGUUCGGAAGAUAGAGGGCAGCAUGCAAGCUGUGAUAAAGAAGAUUCCUUCUUUAAAUAUUAAGGGGAAGGUUGACAUCAAGCUGACGGCUGCAGAGAAAGCCCUGACUGAGACAUUCUCCUGCAAAUUCUACGGAGACUUCAUUCUCAAAAGCAACCCAGCUACAUUUAAAGAUGCAGUGCAGACCUAUGUAGAACUUCCACAGCUACUGGGAACAAAUGGAGAGAAUUCGGUCCCAGUGGCGGUCUGGCUGAUGCCGCUGAAGAGUUUUGAUCCCAAAGCUGCUGAGCUGAUGACAGGGAUCAGCAUCGGACUAGUUAUCAAGGCGCAGGAUGCUCUGGAAGAUUUAAAGGAAACACAAAGGAGAUGCAACGAUUCUCUGGAAGACAAAGUGGUAGAGAGUUUCCCCGUGCUUCACAAACAGUUGAGCACUUUCCUUAAACUGUGUGGUUAUUAUGAAUCCCGCCUCCAACAGACCAUGGCAGAGAAAAUUCCCUCCAUCCGAGCAGGAAAGGAAGAUGAGAGCUCACUGGAAGAAGUCUUUAAAGACAGGAACAAGUCACCAUUCAGCCAUGAAAAACUAACCAAGUGGCUGGAUCACAAAGAGAGAGAAAUCAACGUCAUCGGGUCCUGUGUGGAUAUCAUGAAGGGUGUUAAGAUCGUCCCAAACCAGUCUGAACUGGACAGAGAGGUUCUUGGAAACUACGAAGGUCUGUGCUUUGUUUUCACCUCCAUGGAGAGUGCUGACCCCUGCCUUGAAGCGAUGGAUCAAUACCUAAACUCAGUAGAAUGCACGAGCACUGAAGAGGAGCCAUGGUACUACUCAGACGACGUCUUAAUAAAGAUGAGACAAAAAGUCGAAGAUUUCAUGACCGGUGUGAAAACAAUCGUGAAUACUUGUUUCCUCAUAGCAGCCAUUGAAAAUAAGAAAUUCAAAGGAGCAACCCUCUACUUCUACGUGGACGGCAUUCUGAACACUGAAGACUACAAAUCACCAUUCAUGGAGGUGAAGACUGAAGACUUAAAAUCCCUCAGUGAGGUGAAGAAGCAUACCGGAAAGUAGAGAUCUAAACUGGUGUAAGUCAUUCUUCAUGCAUUUUGAGUAAAAUAUGUUCAUAUAUCUUUUCUCUAGAAACCCUCAGAAUGACUAAUUAGAUGCCUGUGAUUUCACACUGGAAGGGAACACUGCAGGCAACUUUCUUGGGGUCCAUAUAGUUUUCUUUCGGCUGUUAAUCAUUUUCUAAAGAGACAUUAUUUAGAUUUUUCUGUUAUGACAUUCAGACCUCUUGUCGCUGUGAUGGAUGGAGACAUUAUGGGAUGUAUGAUCAGAAAUCAUCUGUGAUGGAUGACCAGGUCCAGGAAAUGAAGAAGGUAGAGGUCUGGAGGUGAACAUGUUAUUGAGGUGCAGCUCCAAAAUGUGUGCUAGAAAAACACUUCUACUAAAAACUACAAACACUAGAUUGACAUUUUUGAACAUUGGAAAUCAGUUCCUCUUGAACUCAGCAACUCUUGCAGAAGACUGAAGAACCCCUGAUACUAACUAGUAGUGGGGCAAACCUAGACGGAGCAGAUAUAAUAUAUAUCUGAGCAAAACGCAGUUUAUUAUUAUGAGUGUGUGGUGUUAUAACUUGUGAAACUUUAAAUAAAACUACCUGUUCACAUUUGUGAGAGGAAACUAAA